AUGAUUGUUAUCCUUAUGGCCCUCCUUCAAGGACUCGGCGUAUUCCAGGCGGUAUCUGCGCAGAAUCCUACCUACACUGAGCUUUACCGUCCCCAGUAUCACUUUACGCCUCCGAAACACUUCAUGAACGACCCUAAUGGCCUCUUGUAUUACAAAGGUAUCUACCACCUGUUUUAUCAGUAUGAUCCAAACGGGUCGGCUACGUCAUGGGGCCAUGCCACCAGUUCGGACUUAACCCACUGGGAGCAACAGCCCAUCGCCCUCCUCGCCCGCGGAUACCCUACCAACGUCACGGAGCUGUUCUGGUCCGGAUCUGCCGUGGCUGAUGUUGACAAUACAAGUGGCUUUGGUCACAAUGGAAAGAUUCCCUUGGUUGCCAUGUAUACUUCUAAUUAUAAAUAUGCACAGACUCUGCCAAGUGGAAAGAAGGUCCAAAAAAACCAGCAAUCUCAGUCAAUUGCAUACAGCCUUGACGACGGCAUGACCUGGACCACGUAUGAUGCAGUGAACCCGGUCAUUCUGGACCCACCUACCGCAUAUUCAGAUCAGUCUCUCAACUUCCGUGACCCCUAUAUCUUUUGGCACAAACCGACAAAGAAAUGGAUUGCUGUCCUGUCUUUGCCAGUGCUUCACAAGCUUCUGAUUUACACAUCAAAAGACCUUAAGGACUGGGCUGUUGCUAGUGAGUUCGGGCCCGUGAAUGCUGUCGGCGGUGCGUGGGAGUGCCCGAAUCUCUUCCCACUCCCUGUCGAUGGAAAUGAUGCCAAUGUGAAAUGGGUUGUAAUGGUGGGACUCAAUCCUGGUGGGCCCCCUGGAACCAUCGGCUCAGGUACUCAGUAUGUCGUUGGAAACUUCGAUGGAACCACCUUCAUCGCAGACACCGACAGUAUCAGUGUCGACCAAACUUCCUUUUCAAACUCAUCGGCGCCAAGCCAAGUAGCCAACUGGGUGGACUGGGGGCCAGACUUCUACGCAGCCCAGGUCUACAAUGGACUACCUUCGGAUGAGCAUGUUGCUAUUGGGUGGAUGAAUAAUUGGCAAUACGCUUCACUGAUCCCUACUGACCCUUGGUGCGGUGCCAUGUCAACUCCCCGUAAAUUCUCUCUCAAGAGGAUUAACGGAAAGGCUACCCUCGUACAGGAUCCCACGGAAAAUUGGGGCUCCCUCGUGAGCCACAAAGGCCUUGACCAGUCAUGGUCUUCCGUCACUGGAGGGACGAAAUCACUAGGUGAUGUUGGAAAGGCGCUGCAGGUUGAAUUAAGUUUCUCUGACCGGGCACCAGCCGUAUCAGGAUCUUCUCAGUUCGGAAUUAUUGUUCGGGCUACUCCAGACCUCAAGGAACAGACAAGAGUCGGCUAUGACUUCUCAACCAAAAGGCUCUUCAUCGACCGGACCCAAUCUGGUAAUGUUUCAUUCGACGACACAUUCGCAGACACUUAUUACGCUCCACUAGCUGCUGAUGCCAAGGGCAAAAUCAACAUGCGUAUUUAUGUAGACUGGUCCAGUGUCGAAGUCUUCGGAGGCCAGGGCGAAACUACAAUCACCGCUCAAAUAUUCCCGAGCAAUAAUGCGACUUAUGCUCAGAUCUUCUCCGUGGGAGGAGACACCCAGCAUGUCAAGGUUGGUAUCAAUCAGGUUUCUUCGGCCUGGACGAUUAGAUAG